UAAAUAGUUACUUUCGAAAUCAUGGUAUUUUUCUUGAAGACUUUACUAAGAAUAUAACGAAAUUAUUUAAAGAAUAUAAUCUUGAAUAUCAAGUUGAAGAGAGAACAGCAUCCUUGGAUGAUUAUGAUAUGAUAAAACGAAAAUUUAUUACAAUGUUUAGAGUUUUAAAAUCUAUGAUUCUUGAAUAUUCGGGCAUGAGUAAUGAAAAAUAUGAUGAAAUGCUUGAUAAAACUUUUGUUGAAAUAACUGAAUAUAAAACUACAUUUCAAUUAAUAAGACAUUUUGGAAAAAAACUUUCGGUUUAA